UGUUAAAACAGCGUCACGCUCCAAUUUAAUCUCAUGAGGUUUGAAACUGAAGUCUUCUGCUCUUCUUGGAAAAUAUCACCGUCCUUUGGACAUUUCAAAAUAUCUAGGUGUGUAUGAAGCAGAAAUGUCUGCUGUAACUUCUGCGUCUCUCUGCUGGACUUCACUGUCUCUCUGCUUCCUGUUUGUGUCUGCAGGCCAGAAAAACAUCACAUCAGAGUCUGGACAGAAUGUCACUCUGCCAUGUCGAGCUCCAAAUAACAAUAUCAGAAUCAUCGCUGUAGAGUGGAGCAGAGCUGACCUUGGAGAUGAAUAUGUGCUUUUGUACAGAGAUGGCCGAUUUGAACCAGAUGGCCAGCAUCCAUCUUUUAAGAACCGGGUGGAUCUGCAGGACAGACAGAUGAAGGAUGGAGACGUGUCUUUGAUUCUGAAGGAUGUGACAAUUAAUGACACUGGAACAUAUGAGUGUCGUGUCUUCUCAAAAGGGAGGAACGAUAAACCCAUCAGCAUCAUCUACCUGAGAUGAUGCAUCUUCACGCCUAAAUAUCCUCGCCCUUCUCUCUCUCAUUCCUUCUAAGAUCACUGUUAGAAAUCAGCAUUAGCUCAGAGCAGAUAAGUCAGGUUACAGUAUAUUUCAAGUAAUUUGGCGUAUGAUUAUUACUAUUGGCUAA